GCUGCCGGAGCACAAUUUCUGUUCUCAUCCUGAAGCAAAGUUCUUAACCCGAGGUAAUAUUUCUGGGUUAGCAGAGUCUGUAACCUGAAGUGUAUGUAACCUGAAGUGUAUGUAACCUGAGGUACCACUGUAUCUGCGGGAAGAAAUCAUAGGGCCACAGUUGAGGUCCUAUGUUAAGGGUGAAUCAGCUAAACAUUGCCUGUUUAGUUCAUCAGAGGAUUCCCAUCUGGCAGUUAGAGAAAAAUGUGGAGGCACUAUUCUGCCCAACUGCUUAGUGAGAAACAAGCCUGCUACUCACUUUCAGAUUAUUUAGCCAACGAGUAAAGUCCCAGAUUUGUAUUUGGGGUGGGGGUAGGAAGUACAAACCACAGAGACUAUAAAUCCCCCCCAUCCUAUUCCUGGUUUGUGUCAUUAACAUAUACUGUUAAUUUUUAUUUCGGGGAUCUUAACAUGUGGCACACAAAUCUCCUGCCUAGAACUUAUAUGUUACCCCUCAUUCCACAGGAAUUUUCUUUCUUUCUGGUAGUGGUUUUUUCCAUGAUCUGCAGCCUGCGAACUGUAGGUCAGAAUGGCUCAUUAUGGGGCCACUUUGCGCCCCACCAUGUACAAUUCACAAAUCUAGACUCAGCAUUUAGUGACGUUUCUCCCUUCUUUCACAUCUCCUGAAUUCUCAUUGUUGCAGUUCCAAGGAUGUGGAUAUAAUACCCAAGUGUGUUGCGGGACAUUGCAAAGAUAGAGAAGAGGUUAAAUUUUUGCAGGAUUAUUUCGCCUUGGAAGAGUUCCAGCAACUCUGAGAGGGUUUGGGGAAUCCAACUCUUUUGUAAACUUCCUGGCCACUUUUUGACAUGAUGUGCAUUUAAUGCACUUCUGGUGGUAUUGCCUGACUUCUUACUGAGUUUUGGAAAUAACAGCACAGCUCAAAGUCCUGGGCUAUAAAUUCCCAAUUUUCUUUAACUUUCUGCGCCUCGAUUCAGGGCAGAUUACUUUCCAUGGAUUUUACCAUCCCAGCUGUGGUCUUCUUGACCCUCUCCUGCUCCCUUGUGCCUGCAGAAGCCCGAAACUAUAAUUCUAUCCUCACAGUGUCAAAUGGAGGACCGUGGGGUAUUUGGGGUGCAAUCCAGUUUUGCCCAGCAGGAUCUUAUGCUCAUGGCUUCUCACUGAAGGUAGAGCCAGUUCAAGGUCUUGGGGAUGAUACAGCCCUGAAUGGAGUCCGUCUCCACUGCACUGAUGGAUCAAUAAUUGAGUCUUCAGUUGGACCGUGGGGAUCCUGGAAAGAAAUUAAAUACUGUCCCCAAGGCAAUCUGGUCUCUUUCUCUCUGAGAGUGGAAGAACACCAAGGCAAAGGCGAUGAUACAGCAGCCAACAACGUCCAGUUCACCUGCCAAGACGGAACUGCGCUGACAGGCCAGGGACUUGCCUGGGGUAGAUUUGGCUCUUGGAGCAGUCGCUGCUAUUCUGGUUCUGUCUGUGGGAUCCAGACAAAGGUGCAGGGUUACCAAGGCGAGCGUGAUGACACAGCACUUAAUGAUGUGAAGCUCUUCUGCUGUCGCUGAACGCUAUGGUGUCUCCUUAUCAUACAAUGUUUCUCUGCUACUUUUCAGUUGUCAUGGAUGUUAACCACAAUUAAAUAUCAGCUUGAGAAUGGUGUGUGUCUAUUUUGAACCGAAUUACUU